AUGAGUAAAAUCUUAACUAUUUUGAAAUAGGUAUUUUAGUAUGAGAAAUAAGAUAAUUGGUAUAAUAGAAUAAAAGGAUUUUCAACAGAUUUAUGUGAGAAGUUAGAAGGGCUGCUAAAAAAGCAGUAGCUCAUCAAUUUAGAGUUUUUAUAGGAAAGUAGACAAACUGUCAUACUUAAAGCGUACUCUAAAAAGUUGAAAUAAAAUGUUGCUUUGAAAGUUUCAAAUUACAUAAAAGGUUCAUUAGAACAUCUUAAGAGGGAAUAUGAUAUAAUAAAAGGGAUUAAAGAAGCUUCAAGUAUAGUUAAAAUAUAUGAUUUUAUUUAUUUUGAAAAAUACCUAAUUUCUGUGCUGGUGAUGGAAUAUUGUGAGAUGAGUUUGUACGAAGAGAUGGAGCUUUAUAAAUAAUUGAAUAAAUGGUAUUCUUAAGAUGAAAUUACUUCAAUAAUUAUUUAAAUUUCUUAUGCAUUAUCUUAAAUUCACUGCUAUAAAAUUAUUCAUGCAGAUAUUAAGCCUUAAAACAUCCUGAAAACGAAAGAUGGGAAGUAUAAAUUGUGCGAUUUCGGUAUAUCCAAGAGACUUAAUUCAGAUAGUUCGAAUACAAAUGAUAUCAGCGGUUUGACUUUUAAAUAUAGUUCUCCUGAAUAGUAUAAGCACUAUGAAAACUAAGACUAGUUACUAAGUUGUAAAACUGAUAUCUUUUCUGUUGGCCUUGUUUUCUUAGAGUUACUUAAAUUUCCGUUAAAUGAAAGUACUGCUAAAAAAAUUAGAGAAAAUAAUUAUAAAGAGUUGAAGAGUAUUGAUUAUUUGUAGAAUUCAGGAAUAUUCAAAAUAUUGCGCUAAAAAUUAUUUAAGAUCGAUCCAAGUAAUAGAAUUUCUUCUUACGAAUUAAUUUAUUCUCUUGUAGGAGAACUUUAAUUUAGCGAAAAAAAUUUAAAUUAACUGCUUACCAUUGCGAGAAGUAUAAAAAAGCAAGAUACUUUUGAUAAUAGUAGACAUAUUUCAUUCGUUUUAAAUUUAAAGCUUUAUUAUUCUUUAUUAGAAGUGUUUAUUUUCAAUAAGCUUUCGAAAUCCUUUAUUUCAUAGCUUUCUUAUCCAUCUAAAGAUUAGGAUGAAGAUGAUAUUUCUAAUAAUUUACUUUAAUAAGAAGAUUUAAAUUUAACGACUAAUAUAUCUAUUGAUAAAUCUGGGUCUUAAAAUAUAUAUCAUGGAAAUAUAAAUAAUGAAAUGGGUAAUUCGAAUGCUAAAAAGAAGCCUCCAACAAAAUAUCAUUUUAUUGGAGACGCUUUAUCAAAUUGCUCCUUAAUAUGUGAGUAGUUGGGAAAAUUCAAUAAGGCUAUCUUACUUAGAGGAAAUGCUAUUAAGAAUUAUUAGAAAGUGUAUUCGUAUAGUUGUAUGGACAUAGCUAAAUAAUUAUAAUAACUUUGUUGGAAUUAUUAUUAACUUAAGGACUACUACAAGUCAGUAUAAUAUGGACUAAAGUCAAUAGACAUGUUCAGAUAUUUAUUAAAAUAAGAAAAAAACUAAUUUAUUGCAGAAUGUUACAGGUAGCUUGCAUGGUCCUAUCAGUAAAUAAAUAAAAGAUAUUUAGGACUUGAAAGUGCUUAAAAAGCUUUGAAUAUUUACAUACAAAUACAUGGAGAAAAACCACAUAAAGAUAUUGCUUACACACUUAAUACAUUAGGCUACAUUCAUAGUGGAGUAAAAAAUUAUAGUAAAGAACUAGAAUAUAAAUUACAGUCUUUAGAGAUGUUUCAACAGCUUUAUCCAAAUAGUUCUCAUCCAAGUAUAGCUGCUUAAUUAAAUAACGUAGGAGUAGCAUAUUUUAAUACAAAUUAAUUAGAUAAAGCCUAAAUGUAUUACUAGCAAUCAUUAUAAAUGAAGAAGUCUAUUUAUGGAAAAGCUCACCCCGAAAUUAUAAGUACACUAAAAAAUAUACAAGAAAUUUACAAGAGAUUAAACUAAAGCCAAAACAUCGAAUAAAUAGAAUAAGAGAUAAGCAGCAUAAAUAUAAUAAUACAAAAAUAACAAGAAGAUGAUUCAAUUAUAGAAUACAUUCGUUUCCAAUAAAUAGAAAGAUUAAGUUUUGAUUUCUCUGAAGAAUUCCACUAAAUUUAAUGA